AUGGCAGCUUUUCUUCUGACCAGAACACUUCACUCGAUCAAAAGACCCAGGCUGUUAGAUCCCCUGUCCUCGUUGUCGCCUCUCGCCCGUUACUUCAACACAAUCGCCGCCGCCCAUCAACAUCUGGCACCGGAAGGGCAGUCGUCUUUCUCUUUCGGAGACGGUGGAAACAGCGGCGGCGAUGCUAUCCUUGUGAAGGGGGCGAACUCUGGUCCGAAACGUGAAGGGGGGUCGUCGUCGGUGACGAUGCCGAUGUCGUUCAUGACGGGAUCAAUCGUCGGGAAGAGGUUCUACAAGCAAGUGACGACGAGACAGUCGGACGACGGCAAUGGGUGGUCGGUGAUGCUUGAUUACAGAACGCUCAAGACUCCUUCGAAAAGGGCUCUAAAGCUGCCGACUUUGUCUCUUGCCAAGGCAAUUGCUGCUGAGUGGGAUUACCAGCAAACAGAUGGAAUCAGGCCUUUCACUAUGCCCCUUAUGAGGCUUGCUUGUACUGCAUUGGAGAGGGUUCCAGUCACACGCCCAAAGAUUAUAGACAACUUGAUGAGGAAAUUCAACCAGGACUUGGUUUUCUGUCGUGCUCCAUGGGAUAAUAAUCUAACAAUUGGUGUAUAUGAUCGGCAGGUGCAGAAAAUCGAUCCUUUGCUCGAUUGGGUGAAGACAGAAUUCGGGUUUAAGCCUGUGGUCUAUUCAAGUUUCUUCGGUGGCAAGCAAGGCCAAGGACUGGUGAAGGCAAUGGAAAACCUUCUGAAAAAUACCAGUGAUUGUGAGUUGGCAGCAAUUGAUGCUCUAGCAGCUGCAUCACAUUCGUUGGUGAUUGCUGUUGGGAUCUUUUGUGGGAGAUUGGACAUUGAAGAAGCAAUUGAGUUGAUCAGAUUUGAAGAAGAUUUGCAGGUUGACAAGUGGGGUUUAGUUGAAGGAGGUAAUGAUUUGGAUAUUGCUGAUCUCAAAGUACAAAUAUCAUCAGCAGUAGUGUUCCUUGGUCUUUCAAAAUUUUGA